UUUCACAUGUCCCAUGAUCAGUACCUGAAGGGAGAUCUCUCCCUCACCAUCACUGAUGCUGAUUACACUAAGAGGACCUGGUACACCUGCGCCUGUAAUGGUAAAGACAUCUGUGAUGUGAGUCUGCAGAUAGAGGCCUGUAAUUCUUCAGUUCAGAUUAAGCCUGGUGAACCUCUGGUGCUGGAUUUGCUCAUAUCAGAGUCAGUUGAGGUGAUUUAUAACAGCACAGGUGCAGCUGCUCCCUCUAGUGGACAGAUCUGCACAGUGGCUGGACACUCACUGAAGUGUAAACCUGAAUACACUCGGAGAGUGUCGCUCAUCUCUGCUGUGGAGCUGAGAGGAACCGCACCAUCUGAUAGUGGAGUUUACAGCAUCAGAGACACUAAGAAUGAAGAGAUUAUUCAGACAUACACAGUUACUGUGGAAGGAACUGGAGCUGAACUGCCCCUGUCCCACAAUCCCUCUCGAUCCCGUCACAGUGUUCACUCUGAAGUCCAGCCGUGUCCAGAUCAGAGCUCCACAGUGACGGUGUUGACGGUGCUCCUGGCUCUGACGGGGGCGGGGCUUGUGGCAGCAGUGCUGGUGAUUGUGCAGCUGAGGAAAAAAAUCAGCAGUGAAUGAAGACUGUAACCAUGACAGCAGAGGAGUUAAUAUGAAUGGACUAAACCACUCAGAUGAAGAGCAGAGGUGAUCUCCCAGUAAUAACCAUGAGGAAGUCUAAAAGAGAUGAUGAAUUAUUUGGCUCUCUUGUACACACAAACGUAUGUACCCACACUGCCUUUCUCUGUACCAUUCUGGGGUCAGAGAUCAGUGUAUGUUUGAUCAUACCUGAUCAGUUUUAUGAUGUUAGCAUUCUUGAACUCACCUGGUAGAGCAGGUACAGUAAGAUACAUCUCCAGAAUCAUGGUUUGAUCCUCAGAGAGGACACAUGAUGUCAUACUGAUAAAUAUGCAUCAGUCACUAUAAGAGCACCUGCCCAGUACUGUAAAUGUAAUGGAAAGAUGUUUAUGUAAAAAUUUAAUAUAAAGAUGUUUAUGUAAAUAUUAUU